AUAGAACUCACGCGUCUUCAUAAACAUUGUCCUCUUCCAUCUUGUUUUUGUUUUUUUUGUUUCACAAUUUUUGUUUUCUUUGCUACCCUCUCCGUUUAUUUAGUUUUGAUCCUUCUGGGUUCCUAGGAGAAAGAAAAGCAAUUCCAUUCUUCUUCAUACGUUCAAGAAUCCAUUCGAGGACGACAUCUUCCUAACAUCUUUGAUCUCUUCAAUAGAAACAGGAAAUAAUUCUUGAAUAGGUCAAAGAUGUUGGGAGAUUUCAUCAUCAGACUCCUUGUAUUAAUAUUAGGGUACACAUACCCAGCUUUUGAAUGCUUUAAAACGGUGGAGAAGAACAAAGUUGAUAUCGAGGAACUCAGAUUUUGGUGCCAAUACUGGAUAUUGUUGGCGCUAAUUUCAUCGUUCGAGAGGGUUGGCGAUAUAUUUAUCUCAUGGUUACCGUUGUACGGAGAAAUGAAAGUGGUAUUUUUCGUAUAUCUCUGGUACCCUAAAACGAAGGGAACGAGACAUGUGUAUGAGACGUUGUUGAAGCCAUACAUAGCUCAACACGAGACAGAGAUUGACAGAAAGAUUAUGGAGUUGCGAGCUAGAGCUUGGGACUUUUUCAUCUUCUACUUCCACAACUUUGCCCAGGCUGGUCAGUCCACAUUGAUCCAGGCUUUUCAGUACGUACUCGCCCAAUCGGUCCUGUUCUCGACCGCAGCCGCAGCUAAACAGCCGCCGAUGGAGCCGAACGUAAACGUGAAAACACGAUCACCAGUUGAGACGGAGAGUGAUCCGCACUCACCUCCCGCUCCAAGAGCGUUGAACAAAACGCUAUCUGCGUUGCGAUCGCUAGAGAAGCAAACGAGCAGGGGGAGGAAGUGGCCACCACCAACACCAGGCAGAGACUCAGCCGGGACAUUCAACGGAGAUGAAGGAGUCAACAUUCCUGAUACACUUCCGGGAUCACCUAUCACCGAUGCUCGUGCUAAGCUUCGCCGUUCUAACUCCAGGUCUCAGGCCGCAUCAUAGUAACGUACAUAAACGUGACUCGUGACAACCUUUCUACUUUGUUAUAAAGAUAAUAUAUAGGGGGGGAAAAGUAAUUGUUUGAAAAAUACAAAACAGAUUGGUUUUGUUUUUUCUUCUUGUAUAUUUUUUUUUUGUAAAUUGAAGCAGAAGUAUUAAGCCAGAGAGAUGUGUUCAAUCUUA